AUGCCUGUCCUCUGUUCUUUAGCUGUCAGUCCGUCCGGUCGGCCAGCAGCAGUCGGCGCUCGAUUGGUUUUGUCUGGAGAGACCAUGGCAGACCUGGGGGAUAAUGUUACAAUUCCUGAGUUCAGCUUCCUUCUCCAAAUGGAUCCCUACCUCAAACCAUACGAAAAGGACUUCAGGAGGAGGUAUGACCUGCUACAGAAGCAGCUUUUCCAGCUGGAGGAGGCUGAAGGAGGCUUUGACCAGUUCACACGCAGUUACAAUACCUUCGGUGUGCAGCGAAGGCCCGACAACAGCCUGUAUCUCAGAGAAUGGGCUCCAGCUGCAGAGGCCCUCUUCCUCACAGGCGACUUCAAUGGCUGGGACAAAUUCUCCCACCCCUACACCAAGAAAGAAUUUGGCAAGUGGGAACUGAUUCUUCCACCCAAGCAUGACAAGUCUCCAGCUGUGGAUCAUAACUCUAAACUCAAGGUGGUAGUUCACACCAAAGAGGGGCAGCGCCUUUACCGGAUCUCGCCUUGGGCAAAAUAUGUGACCAGGGAGGAGAAAUCUGUCAUCUAUGACUGGGUUCACUGGGAUCCACCUCAGCCUUACAUUCAAGUCCACCCUCGACCGAGGAAGCCCGCGAGCCUGAGAAUAUACGAGGCUCAUGUGGGCAUUGCCUCUCCGGAGGGGAAGAUCGCCUCAUACAGCAACUUCACAACCAAUGUGCUGCCUCGCAUAAAAGACUUGGGUUACAACUGCAUUCAGCUGAUGGCUAUCAUGGAGCACGCCUACUAUGCAAGCUUUGGAUAUCAGAUUACAAGUUUCUUUGCUGCUUCCAGCCGCUAUGGGACCCCCGAUGAGCUGAAGCAGCUGAUUGAUGUGGCUCAUUCGAUGGGCAUUAUGGUGCUCCUGGAUGUUGUCCACAGCCACGCCUCCAAGAACACCGAAGACGGCCUGAAUAGGUUUGAUGGGUCCGACUCUUGUUUCUUCCAUUCUCCGCCGAGAGGGGAGCACAGCCUGUGGGGCAGCCGUCUCUUCAACUACUCCAGUUGGGAAGUGUUGCGAUUCCUGCUGUCAAACCUGCGCUGGUGGAUGGAGGAGUACCGCUUUGACGGCUUCAGAUUUGAUGGUGUUACUUCCAUGCUGUACCAUCACCAUGGCAUCGGCACAGGCUUCACAGGGGACUACAGUGAAUACUUUGGCCUACAGGUGGAUGAAGACUCUUUGGUUUACCUGAUGCUUGCCAAUCACAUUCUUCACACCCUUUAUCCCGAUUGCAUCACUGUUGCAGAGGAUGUGUCAGGGAUGCCAGCUCUCUGCAGAAAAGUGGAGGAGGGAGGACUUGGUUUUGAUUACCGGCUGGCAAUGGCGAUCCCUGACAAGUGGAUUCAGAUCCUGAAGGAGUUAAAGGAUGAGGACUGGAACAUGGGCAAUAUCAUCUACACGCUGACCAACAGGCGAUAUGGAGAGAACUGCAUAGCCUAUGCAGAAAGUCACGAUCAGGCUCUGGUUGGCGAUAAGAGUCUGGCCUUCUGGCUGAUGGACAAGGAGAUGUACACCAACAUGAGCUCCACGAUCCCCAUGACACACAUCAUCGACCGUGGCAUGCAGCUGCAUAAGAUGAUCCGCCUCAUCACUCAUGGCCUGGGUGGAGAAGGCUACCUCAACUUCAUGGGAAAUGAGUUUGGCCAUCCUGAGUGGUUGGAUUUCCCCAGAGAGGGCAACAAUCAGAGUUACCACUAUGCCCGGCGGCAGUUUAACCUGGUAGAUAUGGAUCACCUCCGCUACCGUCAGCUCUACGCCUUUGACCGGGACAUGAACCGAACCGAAGACAAGUACGGCUGGCUGGCAGCUCCACCUGCCUUUGUCAGCGCCAAGCACGAAGAGGACAAGGUCAUUGUGUUUGACAGGGCAAAUGUGCUCUUUAUCUUCAACUUCCACCCCAGUAAGAGCUUCCAGGACUACAAGGUGGCUGUAGAAGUUCCAGGAAAAUACAAAAUCAAGCUGGAUUCAGAUGCGGCUCAGUAUGGAGGUCACGGACGGCUGGACCCCAACACAGAGUUCUUCACACAGCCUGAACCCUUCAAUGGCCGCUCCAACUCCCUUCAGGUCUACAUCCCCUGCAGAACAGCUAUUGUCCUGGCCAACGAGGAGAUAGAUUACUGUUAUUAGAGGAUGAUUGUCUCCACAGAGAUCGGGAUUGAGAAUGGAUUCCAAACUCAGACUGAGUGUUAACAAUCACCUUCAUCUUAAUGUCAACCUUGCACACCACCCAAACCUGCUUUUUUGUGUUUGAGCCUUUUUCUAAAUGGGGAAAUAGCAUCGCAGGCCUGUGUGCUUUCAAACACCAUCUGCAACCUAAGACGCCGUGUAACCCCAUUUACCACAGAUUGGUCCAUUUGGGAAGUGUCCAGCCUAACCAGCAGCUAGAUGCUCAAAUUCAAAACCCUGCCGAGUGCAUCCACCACUAGCCAGCAGCCAUUUAUAGGUACUCUUGCAUUUGACAGAUCAUCUGAAAUACAUGAACAGCAACUGUGUCAGAGGAAAGCAGCAGCAUAAAAACCAGGAUUCAUUUAUUAAAACAUAAUACAAGCUCAGGAAUGUUGAGUGUGUUUAAAUACAGCACGGUAGGCUUUUAAUUUUGUGUUUAAAUAUAACUAACAUUAUAGUUGCACAGAGAAGGCGAGAUGACUUGAAUAUCAAAAUGUGCAGGUGAGCUAUUUAAUCGCCGCUGUUGUGUCUUUGUUCAUUUACACUGUGGGACAUUGUGGGUAUAAAAAUAUAUUGUAAUUUGCACAAUGCAAUAAACUGCUUUGAAUUACUGUACUUUUUAACGAGUAUGUAAAACCGUUGUGUUGCAAUGUUUGAAUUUAUGCAGCUACUGGGAGCAUUUAAGUGGUUAUUUAUGGCUCAGUUAUUAAGCCACUAAUUUGCAGCUAAAGCACUGAUAAAAUCACUUAAUUUGAAGUGUUCAGUGUGUUGCAUAAUACGCAAGCAACAUUUGGCUGAAUUAGGCCAUUUUCCCCACUUUGUGUAACACAUUGCAUCGUUUUCUCCCACACUACAUCACAUUAGAGCAGUUUAUGAAUUUUACGUUACGCCGUGCCGCAAUCGACUGGAAGAGCCAAACUGCUGAAGAUCAGUGUGUCCUUUUGUGUUAGGGAAGACAAGGAUGACUCACACACUUGACUACUAGGAUAUGAUUUAUGUGCACCGUGUUCAUUAGGCAUUCCUCUGGGAAUAUUCCAGAAAAACACAGGAGCGGCCUAAAUUCACGCAGAGCACCGCACGUGCCUCUUCCAAUUAGCUGCGACUUCUGUGACUUUUGUUGCAACUCAGUUGAUGAUUGAAAAUCUCAAAGAGCAGCCGCGCUCCUCGUUCUGUUAUAGAAUCCAUCACAGUUGCUAUGAGAGAUGGUUAUUAGUUAACUAAACCACCACAACAGGUGACUGCUGAACUCACCUGUAAAAAUGUCAUCACAUGUUUUUGGCCUUCUUCCGGUCGUUCUGCGGUCUUGUUUCUCCUCCUCCUUAAAGUUGCCGUAUAAAAAGGUGCAUUUCUGUCCAUUUUAAGCAUUUUCUGCAUGUUUUAUCAAAUCAGCACUCGGCAGAAGGGAAACGAGAUGACUUGAUAAAGCAAAUUCCUGCCAUUGAUACUGGGAUUCUGUCAUCCUCACCUGCAGCAUUAUUUCAGAUUCAGGGUCAUUUAACCGCCGCGUAUUGUAGCUUAUGGCAGGUUUUGAUGUGUGUCCCAUGCAGCUGGAAAAAAAAACACAUUAAUUUUCAGCACCACCCGUGUGUGUGUGUAGCCAAAAGUGUCAUGAGCGUGUCAUUUCUUUCUGUGUAAAAUCAAAAGUGUUCAAAAAGGCCUUUUCUCCAUCUUUCUAGCAGCGCAGAGACGAUCACUCUGCAUAUAUUUCAGACGACGAGGUUAUGAGACUGAAUUGGAGAGUAUAAUCAUCCCUCAUCUGACCCAAUGUCAUUGUCACUUUACCACUGCCAAAAUGAAUUGUCUGCAUUUCUUCUCAAAAGUAAAAUUGAUGUCUGAUAUACUGUAACAAUUUCAGCAGAUUUCUUUCAUUAUUACUAAUGAUAAUAAAUCAGCCCCUGUCAAACCACAAGAAUGUGAAUGAACUCCACAUGCUGUCUGACUACUGAUUCUGUCCCAGUGCACGCUCGGGGAAAUGUGGAGGCUCCAGCAGCAAGAUACUGUAACGCGGUACAAACGUGCAGUCUGGGAGGUCAUCGUAUUUAUUUUAAACUGUCACCUGUCUGUCAAAUCCAUCUACCAAUUUGAGCUCCCAAAUCUGUACAAAACUGCUGGGACUUAUUUGUUUUUCUGAUUCCUUCAACCAAAUCUAUUAAAAAUGGAAAUAUUGUUAC